AAGAGAACGCUGGCGCUGUAGCGAAAUUCUUGUUCGAGAGGACAACAUUUUUUUUUAUUUGUGUAGUUUUUUUCAAAAAGGACGCUUAAGUUGAAAACGUGCGUUUUUCUAUCAUCAAAAUAAUAAUAAUUAUUAUACUGCGUGGGUGAGAAUCACUUUGUUUUUGGAUUUUUGGGUUUGAAGCUUCCCCGGAAUAGAUUCGCCAAAAUAUUGUGUCGUGUGGUUUAUAUCUAAAAUUAAAAACAACACAAAAUAUAAACGAAACAAACAUAAAUUACUUGGAGUAAAUUAUUUGACAACGCACGAAAUUAUAGUAAAGUGAUUUAUAGGCCGCUAAAGAAGAGUGAUAAUAUUUAGUGUUUCCUAAAUGAUAAUCAUACAUACAUUUUAUACAAAUGUACAUAAAUUGUUGUUUAAAUUUUGAGGGGUAACUUUUGGUUUGAAUUUUGAAGAAGAAAAAAAAAUUAAGAAAUCUCAACACGGAACUCUUGGUUCAUCCGGCGGAAGUACAACUUUGGUUUGAAGAACGAAUACAAAAGAGACCAUUAGAAGCGGCACUGCCCUGCUGCUGCCGCAAAACUGUACCCAAGCAGUAAUCCCAUCGACAAAGAUGUCCGUAGAUAACCCAUAUUAUUUUUACAAUGACAAAUCUUCACCGAAGACCCCAGAUUCGUCAUCUUCCAGCAAGGGUUUUUCCAUAUUCAAACGGAGAAAUUCCAAAGGAAGCAGUCCUCGGGUUGCUAUUCCUGAGAAAAUUCGCCCAAUCAAUUCGGCAAAUUUAGAUUCAGCUGCAUCGGUUCUAGGAAGUCCUCGUGGAAGUUUUGGAUCGAUGAGUUCUUAUUCUGGUGGUGGUCCUGGGUGUAUGCAUGCAUUUGAAUUGGGUUCUCCGACAAGUAUUAAUGGUCCAUUCCUGCGUCGUCCCAAUACUAUUGAAUCAUUUCGUGAAAGAUUAGGUUCAUAUAAUGAGACAUCUAAUAAUUAUAAUCCUGAAAAUGAUGAUGUAUUUAAUGCAUCGCCAUUAAGUAAAAAUCACCAUACACUGCCAUGUCAUGGAUCACGUCGCCAUUCAUUUGGUAAUUUUAGCCAAAGAGAUCGAUUGAAAAGUCCAACAUCGCCCGAUGAAGUUCCAAAUAUGAUCGCACCAAAGCCACCAGUUGUUUCACCAAACAGAUAUCGCGGAACUGGGGGAAGAAGAAGAGAUAACUGUGUUACCAGUUCGAAUAUGGACGACAUCCUGAUCAUAACGGCUAAACAUAGCGAACGUGCAAUAUUGCGAGCGAAUUUUCUUAAAAAUCAUUUCGAUAAAAUUACUAAACAACGUGGACGUAAGCCUUUCAAUUUUCUUCACGUAAAAAUUGACGAUGGUCCCUUUAGUGAGGACCUGGCCCGAAAGUACCAAGAUGCUGCUCUUCAAAUUGUCAUUCUAUGUCCAGCUCUCUUGGCUACAUCGCAUUCUCAUUUACAAUCUCAGCUUACGGCUAUAUUGAAAUUUGAAAAGGUUCUCGGCAUACUUUUGGACGUGAGUGAGGAAAAAGUCCUUGAAUUUCAUAAAAGUGCCCUUCCAUCAUUCCGAAAAUGGCGUCGUUGUGUUAUUCGUGACAAUGAUCAAUCUCAAAUAGGUAACAUCCUGGGGAUAGCAACUGAUAUUUUGGGAAGAGCACUUUGUCAACGUCCACCUUGUCAAGAUAUGAAUACAAGUCAAACUAAGAGCUUCAGCAGCUGUGAGGGAUUCACAGUUCUGCCGAGAAAGGUAAAAAUUGGACAAAAUAAAGUUGUAGCUAUGUUAAACGAGCCCCUUGACAAAGAUGAUGUUUUGAAGAUAUCAAUUGAAAAAUCAGGAGAACUCAUUGAAGUGCGAAACUUCAAGCGUAGGAAUCCAUUCACAAUUCAAUUUACAAUUCCAGAAUCCUGCAUGGAAAUUUCAACGAUGGUGGAAAUCCGAAUGGAGAAAAAUGAAAAAAGCAUCGGAAGCCGCCCGAUCAAGUGCGAAAGUCGUCUGCGAGAGCUCGAACAACUCCUCCGGGCUGAGGACUCUCCCAUCGAGUUCAUGUGUCAUUCAUUGGGUAUCGGCUUGAAUGAACGCGAUUCUCUGGAUCUUCAUUUGUUGCAAUGUUUCCAAAAGAACAUGCCUCCCAACUUCCAUUUGUUGACUGGCCCAUUCGAUAAACAACACCACUUCCUCACCAUCCGCGAAUCCAGCCCCGAAGAGUAUCCUACUCUGUUACAUUUUGCAGCUCGAUUCGGACUUGACCGCUUAUGCAUGCAGCUAAUGGAAUGUCCUGGAGGUGACACUGCUUGUGGAGUUCGAAACUGCUUGGGUAAGACACCUGCGGAACUAGCUGAUCUCGAGGGAUUCCACAAGCUUGCACAGAGCAUUAAUAGUUUCUCGGAAUUCCAUGAACUCACCACGAUGUAUCAUUAUUUUAAAGGAAUCCAAGGCGGUGAUGCGAGCGCCAAGAAUAAAGUUAUGAUCGAAGCAAAGACCGGCGGCGCUGAAUCACCAAAGAAACCCACAGUUAGUAGACAAAAAUCUCAUGAAGCCAAAGAACCCGCACAGGCUGAGUACAUGGACAUGAGCAGUGGCAGCGAUCGAGAUAAUUCACCCGCGCCCUCAAAAGCUACAACAACCACAAUGGCUGUAUCCAAUCUCAAUUACGUCAGUGUAGAAACCGAAGACGACAAUCUACAGAGCUCUGGGGAGAUGACCAAGAACUUUGAUCAAAUUAAAAUCAUCACCGAAGCCGAAGUGACUACAAAUGAGCUCAAGAUAAGUGAACCACCGUACUAUCAGUCUGAGGAGAAGAACAAGCGCAACGUUCAUACACCUCUCCCCCAUCAUCAGACCGAAAAAGUUGGUCAAGAUGUUCCGGACAAUUGCAAUGCUUCCAUGUUGGACUAUAUGCUUCAACCGUCAAACAUCCCAGUGCAGACAUCCCAGGACGAUGGCAACUAUCUGUUCCAGCCCUCGAACAAGCCUGUGGAAUUGGAAAAACUGCCCCUCGAAGAAAUGCAUCAAUCUCGAAUGAACUUGAGCAAAAUGGGAUCCAACUCUAAACUGGGAACGCUCAAGAGAACCGGCAGUGACGCUUCAAGCAGCAAAGGCAACGCCGAUGAUGAGCUUGUGGAGAUAAUGAAUGACUUCAAGAACAACGUACUGUCGAUCCGAGAUGUGGAACAGUUGGUCGAGAAAUGGAAGCACCGCAAUGAUGUUAAACAGAGCUUCAAAGAGAAACAAGAACAAAUCGAGCUCCUGAGACAGGAAUAUGAAAGAAUUCAAGUGCAAAUCAAAUCCAGCAUGAAACGUGAAACUCCCUUCGAGAAGAUCAAGAAGUUGUUCUCCCGCCACAAAACACCAGUGCACAAGGUCGCGGUCGAAAACCCAGACGAAACUAAAUCAUCCAUUGCUUCCUCCUUCCAAUCGAGCCAGCGACCCAUCAGUACACUCAGUCUUCAGAGUGUAUCGUCUUCCUCGUCAUCCGGCAGACUGAGCACUGGCAGUGCAUGCAGUGGAGCAAGCCUAGGUGACAGUGGCACCCAUUCGGACCACGAAGAACGCCGCUUCGGAAUGUGUCGAAUCGGUUCCCCUGGCAGUCUCAUGGACAACUAUCUAGUCCCACCACCCCCUCGGCCCGUUCUAACACCCAGCUCAACACCUGGCGAAGAGAAGGAAAGAAUCGUUUUCCCGCAUCAUCCACGAGUGAUGACCCCAACUAGUCCCAGUCCGGCCGUAAAUGGCAACAGCAGUGACCAUUACUACAUGUUUCCAUCGAACCUUCCAGUAUUCCAAGUACCAAAUGAUCAAUCGAUGUCAUCGUCACUCAACAGCAAUGGCUAUCUGAACACCAUUGUCGAAGCCAAAGAGAACGAGCACAGCUAUCAGAAUGGCGUCACAGUGCAGCCCAUCAAAGUACAAACUCUCAACGAUAGAUCGAACAUUAUCUAUGGAAAGCUCACCAAAGUCGCACCCAAAGAUAUUUGUAGCUCAUUUAAGCCCCAAGCUGCUGCCCCACAAGUUAAAAAGGACGUUGUUGCAGCUGAAGUAUACCAAAACAUACCAAAUGGCAAGCUAGCAUGUGAGACCAAUGGAAAUGAAGAGAAUCACAAUUAUAUGAAUGUCUAAGUAGCCCAAGGCCGCGAAAGCUCCGGCGGGUUGGACCUGAUCUUAUUUUUAUUUUACAAUGCUCAAAUUUUCAAACUACACAAUUUAUUUUGAUGGAGAUUUUUCUUAUCGAUUAGUUUUCUUUUUCUAUAAAAGUCUAAUUUCUAUUUUUAAUUUUAAAUGUGGUUUUCGAAACUCUAUUUCGAGUAUAAGUUUAAUAUAUUAUUAUAAACGUUGUAUGUAUUAAUAAAGCAUGUAUUGUAUAUCUUUUAAUAUUUAUUUAUAAUGUGCGAAACGAAGUUUUUUUCAUAGAAAAAUAAGGCGUUUUUUUAUAUAAAAGGAAAUUAUGUGUAAUUAAGAAUUUAUUAUAACCGCUUCGAGAUAUUUUUCAUAUUGUUUAUACAUUAAGCGAAUUAUAAAAAUAAAAUAUUUUAAAAAGUA